UGCAGCACCCUGUCCACGUGCUGCCAUGCGAUGGUGGCGCUCAUCUACCCCUUCACCUGGCAGCACACCUACAUCCCAGUGCUGCCGCCGGCCAUGAUCGACAUAGUGUGCUCGCCCACGCCCUUCCUCAUCGGUCUCCUGUCCAGCUCGCUGCUGCUGCUCAGGGAGCUGCCACUGGAAGAGGUCCUUGUGGUCGACCUUGUCAACAGUCGGUUCCUCAGGCAGAUGGAUGAUGAGGACUCCAUUCUGCCCCGGAAGCUUCAGGUAGCCCUGGAACACAUUCUGGAACAGAGGAGUGAACUGGCCUGUGAGCAGGAUGAUGGGUCCCCGGACUGCAGGCAUGGCCCCGGGUCCAGCCCCUUGAAUGAGGUGGUGUCUGAAGCCUUUGUCCGCUUCUUCGUGGAGAUAGUGGGCCACUACUCCUUGUUCCUGACUUCGGGCGAGCGCGAGGAGAGGACCCUGCAGCGAGAGGCCUUCCGCAAAGCUGUCUCCUCCAAGAGCCUCCGCCGCUUCCUGGAGGUCUUCAUGGAGACCCAGAUGUUUCGGGGCUUCAUCCAGGAGCGAGAGCUGCGCCGGCAGGAUGGCAAGGGUCUCUUUGAGGUCCGAGCCCAAGAAUAUCUGGAAACUCUCCCCAGUGGAGAGCACAGCGGUGUCAAUAAGUUCCUGAAGGGAUUAGGCAGUAAAAUGAAGUUUCUCCACAAAAAAUAACCCUCAGCUCAGCCUCAAGGGAAAACUUCUCCUGGUGCCACCUCAUGCUUUACAAACAGUUCUGGUGGCCUUUCUGAAAGACUGGGUCCUCGGUUGUCCCGGUGCUCAGCUGGAGACCAGGGUGGCUUCCAGUCGCCGCCAGGCACACCCCAGGACCAGGGCCCGAGAGCUGCCCUGGAGGACAGCCCUGAAAGGGAGCCCACCCCAGGCAUGUCGCCCCCAUGCAGAUGGACCAUAUUGGUGGUUGGUUUGUGGAUUUGGGUUUUUUUGAUCUCAGAUAUUAAAAAUAAGAAAAGUGUUUGGGUUUUCUUUUUAUUAUGUCAGAGCUCAGAGAAGUCAAUCCUGCCCUACGGCAUCUUUCCCCAGUUCAUCCUGUCCACCAGCUCAGCUCUGGAGCCCAAGGAGCAGCCAUGGAGAACAGCAAUGAGGGCAGAACUGGGGGAUCACAUGGGAUGUAGGGGGGUGGGAAGGGCCUCGGUUCAGUGGCCUCGGCUCAGGGCACCGGUCCUCUCAGGAAAAGGAUGGGCCUUCCCCUGGAGCAGAGGCCAGGAGGGGAACCAGAGCAUCAGAGGGAUGUGGCUUUCUGGACAAGCUGCUCUUCCAGAAUGGUCAGCGAUGCCACCUGGCGGCCGAGGCCAUGGACUUCUCUCUUUCCAGAGGAACUUGACUGCCUUGCCCCUCUUAGAAGCCAUAGAACCGUCCAUGACUUUUAGAGGUACACAUAAAAAAGAAAUCUUCUCCUGAGGUCUAUUAAUAAACUUUUCUUGGGGUCCUAAAGUUUGUGACACUUCCUGGGGCCCACUAUAACACACAGAAGUCACCACCAAGCCCAUUCCAUUUAGACUAUGGAGUAUUACCAUCACAUUCCAGGAGCCCAGGUCAGCAUAAAUGAAGUGGUAUGCAUGCAGGGUGACCUUGAGGGGCUUUUGUGGUUGACGUCAACAAGAGGAAGGGUCAGGAUACAGGGGCAGCUUCACAAGACUUAGGAGGCAGGGAGGCAGCUGGAGAAGGCCACAUGUGGGCCAACCUGGGCUGUCCUGCAGCCCUUGGGAUGCCCCCAUGACCCUGACAGAAACAAACGGGAAGAUGUGCUCUGAACUUGCCGAUGGCCCUGGGGGCCCAUGCUGCCUGACAGAGGUUCUUCCAUCUCCAGGGAGUUGGGGAUGGGGGGGUCUUCUGAGGAAAAAUAGAAGUAAGAGGAAAAUGAGGGGAGAUGACCUCCUAUUCUACGUGAGAUGUCCCUACCUCCUACCUGGAGUUAUGGACACCCCACCCCCAUUGUAUCCAAGAUUUGGUGUGUCCAUUUGUUUUUCAAGGGAGAGGGGCCACAGUUUGCAUCAGCUUCUCAAAGACUCCCCCACAGAAUGGUAGGGACCAGCUAUGCAUAAAAAUUAACCAGGGGUUGGGGGGUGGCUGGGAGCCCGGGAGUCCUGAAGAAGACCCUCUGAGGGUGGGAGUUCAGAAAUGUGUGUCUAAUAAGCUCCUCAGAUUAGUGAAAUGUAUUCAUGUUCUGCAUGUUUUAUAUUUCCCAGAAAUUAUUACUUUUAAUAUUUUGGAAUAUGCUUCCUUUUCUAACUUAUUUCACAUUUAUUGUUUACUUAAUACCUCUAAGUGAAUAAAUAUACAUUUUUGUCAACAUUC